AUGUUUACGCUCAACGGAUCUUACAAAUGGGUGGAUGAGUUGCUGCAACUCGUGUCGGAUUACAACGCGCGCAAGCAUCGAACGAUCGGUAUGCGACCUGUCGAUGCUACCCCCGCAAUCGCCGAAAAACUCUUAGCUACGGUAUACAGCGCGAUAAAGAUAGCGGAUCCAGCAAAGUUCAAAAUAGGUUAUACACCGAAUUGGACUCCCGAGGUGUUUAAGAUCGUUAAAGUGCAGUAUACUAAUCCCGUAACCCAUCUACUCGAAGACUAUCGCGGAAAAUCCAUCGCUGGAGCGUUCUGCGAGUACGAGUUGCGUCGCGCGAAUUAUCUGGAUGUGUACCUUGUGGAGAAAGUACUGCGCAGGAAGGGUGACGAGGUUUACAUGAAAUGGCUAGGAUUCGAUAGCUCGCACAAUUCUUGGAUACACAAAGACAAUGUCGUUUAA